AUGACGAAACUCAAGAUAUUGCUACGGGAUGCACCUAUUGGGCAGAUCAUCCGACUGCUCACAGGCUCUCGAUACCUAAGAUACCCCGAAGAAGAGCCCGGCUUCCAACUUCCUUGGGAGUCAGCCCUGGCAGAAGAAAAAGAGGAAGAAGCUUCUGCACAGCGCGACGGAAGCAGUUCUCGCGCGCAUGCCUCGCCCAGCUCCGAAAAGGAGAACCCAAUCGGCGGUGCCGAUGCUGAGAAGAUCGACCGAGAUUAUGAGGCUCUCACACAGCAGCCGACCGCUCGUUCUCAAGUUUCUCGAACGACCAGACUGACCACCAGCCGUACCGUGACACGUGAGCAGACACGACCAUUUACUGCCGAACGCUUCCAGACGGAGCAGGAGGAAGCAAUCGAUCGUACCCAGAGCAGCGUCAUCAUUCCGACGCGGACACAGGACGGCGUGAUCCUGAUUGACUGGUACACCACAGACGACCCUGAGAAUCCCCAAAACUGGUCCACCAGGCGCAAAGUUGCAGCCACUGCCAUCAUCUUCUUCUACACCUUCGUCGCCUAUGUGGCAUCAGCCAUCUACACCUCUUCAGAGCCAGGAGUAAUGGAGCGCUUCCACGUCGAGCAGACCAAGGCAGCUCUCGGUCUAUCUAUGUACGUGCUUGGAUAUGGUAUCGGCCCACUGCUGUUCUCGCCCAUUUCCGAGAUUCCCAUCAUCGGACGCAACUGGCCUUACAUCACCUCGUUCGCCAUCUUCACCAUUCUCGCCGUCCCCACCGCGCUAGUCGAUAGCUAUGCCUCCCUCCUUGUGCUCCGCUUCAUCACCGGCUUCAUGUCCAGUCCAGCUCUGGCCACCGGGGGCGCAAGCAUGGGCGAUCUCUACUCCAUCCUCAAGCUCCCUUACGGUAUCACGGCCUGGACGGCUGCCGCAUUCUCAGCACCCGCUUUCGGUCCACUCCUGUCCGGCUUCGCCGUCAUGAACAAGAACUGGCGUUGGUCGCUUUGGGAGAUCCUCUGGAUGGCAGGCCCGAUGUUUAUCAUCAUGUUCCUCUUCAUGCCCGAGACAUCCGCCGGCUACAUCCUGCUGUAUCGUGCCCGCCGGCUGCGUAAGCUCACCGGCAACGCGAACCUCAAGUCCCAAUCCGAAAUCACCCAAGCAGGCAUGUCCUUCAACGCGAUCCUCUGGGACCAGCUCAUCAAGCCGAUCGAGAUCUGCAUCAAAGAUCCCGCCGUGCUCUUCACCAACAUCUACACCUCCUGCAUCUACGGCAUCUACUACAGUUUCUUCGAGGUCUUCCCCCUCGUCUACGUCAACAUCUACGGCUUCAAUCUCGGCGAGCUAGGCCUGCCUUUCCUGGUCAUCAGCAUUGGCUGUGUCAUCGGCGUCGCCAUCUACUGCUCGUACGUCUACUUCUACCUCGAACCAUCAAUCCGGGCACACGGCCUUGGCAUUCAGGAGCGAAGACUGGUCCCAGCGGUGUUCGCCACGCUGUUGAUGCCCAGCGCGCUGUUCUGGUUCGGGUGGACCGCAAAGUCGAGCAUCCACUGGAUCUGCUGCACCAUCGGCCUGACGCUGUUCCCCAUCGGCGCUUUUGUUCUGUUCCAGUGCAUCUUCAUCUACCUGCCACUGAGCUACCCUCAGUACGCGGCCAGUCUGUUUGCCGCCAACGACCUCUGCCGAAGUGCUCUCGCGGCCGGGUCCAUCUUGUAUGCACACCCGUUGUUCGUCAAUUUGGGUAUAGGUAGCGGUGUGAGCUUGCUGGCCGGCCUUCUCUGUGGAGGUGUGUUCGGUGUCUGGGCGCUGUAUUGGUUUGGUGCAAGCCUGCGCGCGAGGAGCAAGUUUGCCAUGUCUUGA